AUGGGCUCAAGGCUGCUGGCUACGGCUCUUUCGCAGUGGCUUGGCUGCAUGUCGACGACGGCUGUCGUAUACCUCGCGCGAGAAGAGCGCGAAAGUGGGCAAGCCACGGUGAAUCUCACCAGCUUCGAUGCCGCGGUGUCCUCUGCGGGGGGAGCUCCUGCGACUUUUUUUUGUCUCCUCGACAGUGACACAGAUGUGGAGGCGAUAGUAAGUGUGCUUCGGCACGGUGUGAUCUCGCAGCGUCAGGGGAAACCCUUCGUGCGUUCAAAGCGACUUGUGCUUCUGCAGCUUGCCGUCAGUGGGGAUUUUCAUCUUCUGGGAAACGUUCUCCGUGGCAUCGUUUCCUGCAUUGAAGGCCAGCUUCACCUCAGCGUAGAUUGUGGCGUUGUGGACAUCGACCCCUGGACGGCCGCCGCCGUCGGCUACGCUGUGCUGGAGGUUGCGCCACGCACCGCACAGUAG